UUCACAAAGAUUGUCUUCGGUCAUGGCCUUGGGAUUGAGGUGCUUUCGCUUGGCCCACUCUGCCUUUUGCAGCUCUCUUGCAUCCCUGACCAGACCUGUUUCAGAAGUUACACCGAAGACAGUGAGUGGAAGACAGCGUGACCGCAGGCAAUACAUGGCCUAUGCAGCUUUACCAGUCCGCCAUUUUGCUACCAAGAAAGCCAAAGCCAAAGGGAAAGGACAGUCCCAAACCAGAGUGAAUAUUAACACUACCUUGGUUGAGGAUAUAAUCAACUUGGAAGAGGUGGAUGAAGAAAUGAAGUCUGUGACAGAAGCACUCAAAGAUAAUUUCAAUAAGACUCUCAAUAUAAGGACCUCACCAGGAUCACUUGAUCAUAUUACUGUGGUAACUGCUGAUGGGAAACUUGCUUUAAACCAGAUUGGCCAGAUCUCCAUGCAGUCGCCACAGCUGAUUUUGGUGAACAUGACCAGCUUCCCAGAGUGUACAGCUGCAGCUAUCAAGGCUAUAAGAGAAAGUGGAAUGAAUCUGAACCCAGAAGUGGAAGGGACAUUAAUUCGGGUGCCCAUUCCCAAAGUAACUAGAGAGCACAGAGAGAUGCUGGUGAAGCUGGCCAAACAGAACACCAACAAGGCCAAAGAUUCCUUAAGGAAGGUUCGUACCAAUGCAAUGAAUAAGCUGAGGAAAUCAAAGGACAAGGCCUCGGAGGACACCAUUAGACUCAUAGAGAAACAGAUCAGCCAGAUGGCCGAUGACACGGUUGCGGAGCUGGACAGGCAUCUGGCUGUGAAGACCAAAGAGCUCCUCGCUUGA